UCGAGCAACACUUGUCGAGAGCGGACGCGUCUUUUUGUUGCUGCGCAGAAGAUCUGUUGAGUACGCAUUGCGGGUGUUUGUGCUAACUAAUUGCAAAUGAAACUACUGCAAAAUCGGUCAAAGCCCAGCAACUGUUUAUUGAAAAAACGAAAAAAUUCAAUAAGUGCUAAACGUGUGUGUGUGACGUCAAGAAAUUUAAGUUGCCGCUGUGACUUUGAGUGUGUGUGUGUGUGUGUAUGUGAGUGUAUGUGCAAAAUUGAAAUGCCUCAGCAAAAGGCAGCAAACAGAUGUGUUCCUAAUGCUAAUGUUAUUAAUGGCUGCAAAUUAGCAUUAACCCAUUGAACAGUGCUUAUAAAACACUUGAAGCGGGACAGGUUUAAGUACAACUGCACUUCAAUUGCUGCUCCAAUUGCGCGCCGAUUGCAACGAGUAGAAAUGACAACCACAACGCAGACGGAGAUUAAUGCAAAUGGCAACUGUGGCUUCGAUGCCGGCGACCAUAAUGUGGCCAACAUGGCAACUGCAACUGCAACAACAAACUCCAGCACAACAGUUAACAGCACUGGCUUGGCCAAAACGGCGAAUGCAUUGCCAAAGAAUGCGGGCGUGGCAGGCACACAAAGAGCUGCGGAUGCCGCCAAGCGAAAGAAAUUGAAAUCACGCAGUGCAGCCGCCUCAACAGCAGCAACAGCAACAACGACAACAGCAGCAGGAGCAGCAGCAACAACAUUGCCACAGACCAAGAACAAGAGCAGCAGCAGCAAUGGCAGCACACGGGAUCAAUAUUCCAAGGAUCAUUUAGAUGCCUGGCUAGAGAAUUGUCUGCGAGAUGCGACAAAUGCACAACUUUCAUCAUCAUCCGAAUUUCUAGACUUGUAUCCGACAAAAGCGGCGAAUAAAUCGCUGUUUGAAGCGCAGUUAGCAGCAGCAAAACAACAACAACAGCAGCAACAACAACAACAGCAGCAGCAACAACAGAAACAACAGCAGCAAGAACGACAACAACAACAACAGCAACAAUUUCUCAUGCGUUCAAAUUCACAGCCGUACAAUAUGGGCGCUGCCACGCCCUUUAGCCUGGGAUUACAACGCCAGACACAGCCGCCGUUAAGCUACCGCUAUCCGAUGCUGUUCCCGGCUCAAUCCAAUGGUUAUGGCCUGGGUUUUGGUCUGCCUGGCAUGCACGCAGAUGGUGGACAGGAUUUCGCCAGCUUGCCGCCUUUGGUCAAUAUGCUGGGUGGCUUUGGGGCCAGCUCCGAGCACGAUCAAAACUCCACGGAUGUGUUGGACGGCAGCGGCAGCAACCCAAACAUAAGUCGAGGCUUUCGAUUUAGUGAUCCUUGCCUGCUGAAUCCCUCGGACAACGAUUCCAAGCUGAGCGGACAAAAUACGCCGGAGUGUCGCAAUGGAAAUGCAUCGUCGGGCAAUGGAAAUGGAAAUGGUACCGUUAAUGGAAAUGGAGACUCGGAGCAGCAGAAUAAAUUCUUUGCCGCCUUGAUGGAACAAAUAAAUAUAUUGCACGAAACGAAUUCCAAGAUUUGUCGCAAUUUGCAUGAGACAAAAGUUGAUAUUGAAGCUUUGAAGCACGCUCCCAAUGGCCAGCUGUGGGCUGGAGGCGGGGGCAUGCGUCACCGUAGAGAUAGCUUGAGCGGAUUGAGCACACAAAGUCAACCCUUGGUAUUUGGCGGCGGAUUCGGUGGCACACACAGUCCAGCGCCCACCUUCCACUCAGGUGCCUACACGCCCGGCAUGAUGACGGAUGUGGUGCGUGAGGUGAAGGAGGCGGCGCGGGUGCGUGAAGAUGCCAUGCUCAAUCGGGUCAAGUCAAUGGUAGAGGAACGUCAAUGGUCAAUGAAUGAGGGCAACGUGCGAAUACUGCGUGAUAUUGAUGAGCUGAAGUCCCAUGUGAUGCAGCUGCGACUGGAGCGCAAGGAGACGAACAAGCGAUUGAAUCAUCUCGAGGCGGAGAACAAGUAUCUGCGUCAGGCCUUGGCCAGCUUAUACAAUCAACGACAGAUGGCACCACAUGAUAUUAUCUAUGAGAAUGAUCGAGCACGCGGUGCGCGCAAAGCUCCCUUUCCAUUUCCCAAUGGCGGCGCCAGACGUGCGCAAUCCUUGAAUCUGCAUUAUGGCACGGUGCAUCAGGCGCCGGCGCAGGCCACGCAGUCGCUGGACGAGGAUGAUGAAGUGGAACUGGAGGAUGGAGACAAAGAGGAGCUGGCAUCGGGCCACAAAAAACGACACUCCAGUUCAAGCAAUGAAUCCCGCACCAGUGGAACGACCACAGCAAUGCAAUCACAGCAACAACCACAACCACAACAACAACAGCAGCCAGUACAAAGCCCGCCCAAAUUUGCAUUGAUUACGGAGGAGCAGGUGGCGACACCACCGCCACCGUUGUUGCCACGAAAAAAGGAACAUGUACAACUGAAGCGGGAACUCAGCGAAGCGACCAGCGCACGUAAGGAGGCCAAUCAGCGUAUCAUUGCACUCGAAAAAUUGGUUAAAGACCUAAGCGCCCAGGUGGCCAGCCAACCAAAUUGGAAUCCAAAUACGGCAGCGAUCGCAUCAACGGCCAACAAACUCAGCGUCGCCGGCGGACCCAUUACGGACUUAUAGUUCUAGCUAACCGGCGGCAGCACCGACCCCGUCGCGGACCGCAAAACGGCUCGAGAUUGUGUCGCAAAGUGUUACCGUGUUACACAUUUAUAGCAGGCAGUAAAUCCUCAUGGCAAACGGCAACAGCAUCGGCGACUGCACACAUUUCGCUUCAAAAUUAUUUAUAACUCAUUGACGUUUGCAUAAGCAAAGCGAGGAAAAACAUAAGACAUUGUUCAACCCAUUUAAAUACAUACAUAUUAAGCCAAAAGUCAUGUGGUAUUAGGUAUAUUAAGUAUACGACAUGAUGGACAACACAUCCAUAAGCCAAAAUCCCGAACCCAGCAUUUGGAUAACUGUGACCGACCGUUGUCCUCCCUCCCUCCUUUCAAAAAUACCCACAGGCUGCACAAAUUUGUUACUAAUAGUAUAAACACAUGAUAACACACAUACUGACAAACAAAAAUAUAUACAAAAUAAUUGUAACUAAUAUCGAAAUUCAUGUACCUAUAACGAAUGAACAAAUAUGAAAAUCAAAACUAUAUUUAAUUAGAAAUUGUAACACUUUGUUAGAGUAAACUUUAUACGUACGUUCAUCAAUAAUUGUUGUUGUCGCAUCACUAUUUUUAUUAACUUAACAAUAAAACAGAUUUAGGUGCCAUUUGAUAAUAAAAAUACAAAAAAAAA